UUUCUCCUCAUCUCACAUCGAACUUCUGCUUCUGCAAAAACCAGCCACACUUCUCCUUUGCAGCCCCAAGAGAGGAGGCGACAGUGACGGAGCAGGGGUCAUCAGACUCAUCAGAGAAGCCCAGGGUAUGGCCGAGAGCGUGGUCUAUGCUGACUUGAAGUUUGCAGUGGCCCUGCCUCCCACCACCCCCGCCUGCCCCACAGCCCCUGAUGAGGACGACAGCCCCUAUGAGAACAUGCCUCUGGGGACAGUGGCCCCAGCACCCAGCCCAGGGAACUGGCCCCGGCGUUGGCGUGUCCCUGCAGGGCUGCUGGCAGCCAGCCUGCUGCUGCUGCUGGUGGCCACCAUUGCCCUGGGGACUUGCUACUGGCAGGUGACCCGCAGGCUGCAGGACACCUCCCGGGAGCACACGGCCGAGCAGGACCGCCUCUCUCAGGAGGUGAGUGCGCGGGAGCAGAGCCUGGAGCAGACGCGGCUGGAGCUGGCGUGGGCCAGAGCGGAGCUGCAGCAAGCGUGGCAGGAGGGCAACAGCAGCCAGCUGGAGCUGGAGAGCCUGAACGCUGAGCUGCAGUACACCAGGCAGGAGAUGGAUGUGCUGCAGAAGGAGAUGCAGGAGGUGCAGGUGAAGCUCAACGACAGCGAAAACACCGUGAGCAGCCUGCGUGCCUGCGUGAAUACAGAUUGCUGCCCCUUGGGCUGGGUGCUCUACAGGAGCAAGUGUCUCUUCGUCUCAAUGGAGAUGAAGACGUGGUUGGACAGCCAGAUGUACUGCAGAAGCAACUUGGCUCAGCUGCUGGUCCCAGACAACUGGUCACCAUGGACGGUGCCGCAUUUUGUGCAGGCGAGUGGUGCCAAGUACUGGAUUGGAGAGAAAUCUCGGUACUCCUACUGUUCAAUAACAUACUCUGGGAAGAGACACACCUACCACUGCUCUGGAAAUUUCCCAUGGAUCUGUGAGAAGUCCCCAGAUCUGAGCAGCCCAUCCAAGACCCGCCUUCUUCUCCUGGCCAAGGGGUGAACUCUGAGACCCUCUCUCCAUCACUAGGACUGAGGGACAGGAGCUGGGGGUGCACAACAAAGACACUCUGUCCCUCCUGCACAGCUACACCCCUGUGCACCGUUACCUCAACCGCAUUGCAAAGCUCAGGGGAUAUAGGUUGGGAAACAAGGUGUUUGCAUUUUUAAAACAAGACUUAUUAUGGAAACUGUA